UCUCCUAUUGGCUGGGAGGCGCUGUCAGUCAGGCGGAUACCUUGCGGUGGCGCGGCAGGGCAGUGCUGAGGAUGGUGCGGUUAUAAGGACUAUACUGCAGCUGCUACACACAGUGUGAACCACACCGGAGCAUCCUCACCAUCCUCAGCCACGUACAGAUUGAUCACCAUGCCUGGGUCUCUUCCUGCCUCCGCCGAAGCUUCCUGGCCUAAAGAUGUGGGAAUUGUGGCUCUGGAGAUCUACUUCCCAUCUCAGUACGUUGACCAGGAGGAGCUGGAGAAGUUUGAUGGAGUGGGCGCAGGGAAGUACACCAUCGGUUUGGGCCAGUCUAAGAUGGGUUUCUGCUCGGACAGAGAAGACAUCAACUCGCUGUGCCUGACCGCCGUCCAGAAACUGAUGGACAGGAACAACCUGUCGUACGAUUGUAUCGGAAGAUUAGAAGUGGGGACCGAAACCAUCAUCGACAAGUCCAAAUCUGUAAAGACUGUCCUCAUGCAGCUGUUUGAGGAUUCUGGGAAUACGGAUGUUGAAGGAAUCGACACAACCAAUGCCUGCUAUGGGGGCACCGCAGCUCUCUUCAAUGCUGUCAACUGGGUGGAGUCAAGCUCUUGGGAUGGACGUUACGCUCUGGUGGUUGCUGGAGACAUUGCCGUGUACGCCACAGGAAGUGCCAGGCCGACAGGAGGGGCAGGAGCCGUCGCCAUGCUGGUGGGACCAAAUGCUACCCUUGUUUUGGAAAGAGGAUUGCGUGGAACACACAUGCAACAUGCAUACGACUUCUACAAGCCCGACAUGGUGUCUGAAUAUCCAGUUGUGGAUGGGAAAUUGUCCAUUCAGUGCUACCUCAGCGCAUUGGAUCGCUGCUAUUCCACUUACCGCAAGAAAAUCCAUGCACAGUGGCAGGCAGAGGGGAAUGAUAAGCCGUUCACUCUGGAUGACUUCGGCUUCAUGAUUUUUCACUCUCCUUACUGCAAACUUGUGCAGAAAUCUCUAGCCCGUCUGUUACUGAACGACUUCAUAAGUGAUCCUAAUCCCAACACUGACAGUGGCGUCUACACUGGUCUGGACUCAUUCCGGGAUGUAAAAUUGGAGGAUACCUACUUUGAUAGAGAUGUAGAAAAAGCCUUCCUGAAGUCCAGCGCUGAGGUCUUUGAUCAGAAGACAAAAUCAUCAUUGUUGGUGUCCCGGGAGAAUGGCAACAUGUACACACCGUCUGUAUAUGGCUGCCUCGCCUCUGUGCUGGCUCAGUAUUCCCCUCAGCAGUUGGCAGGGCAGAGGAUUGGAGUGUUUUCCUACGGAUCUGGUUUUGCUGCUACUUUGUACUCUAUUAGAGUUUCCCAAGAUGCCACCCCUGGCUCCUCUCUGGAUAAGCUGACAUCUAGUCUGUCUGACCUAAAAGCAAGAUUGGACUCCAGAAAAAAUGUCUCCCCCAGUGUGUUUGCAGAAAACAUGAAGUUAAGAGAAGACACCCACCAUUUAGCCAGUUACAUACCUCAGGGCUCCGUGGAUGAGCUGUUUGCUGGCACGUGGUACCUGGUGCGGGUGGAUGAGAAGCACAGGAGGUAUUAUGCCCGUACCUCUGUACUGAAUGAUGGCCCUCUGGACGCAGCACUGGAAUCCGUCCACUCAACAAAUGCUAGUGAGCACUUCCCCAGUCCAGCUAAGAAGGUGCCAAGAAUCCCUACAGAGACAGAGGCUAUUUCUGUAGCUAAUGGAGAGCACUGACCAGACUCUCCCUGGAGUGGCGCGUUUCCAACACGUGGAUGGAGAUGACAAGAUCGUCCUCCCUGCAUCCUGCACCUUUUAUUAUUUUUGACUAGAAUUGCUACAGAAUAUCAAAUGGUUAUAGAACAAAAUAUACAGCUACAAUAUUGUAAAUAGUAAAGGGCUUCUAACUCCUGGUAUUGGCCGUCUACAAAAUAUUUUCUAUCUUUUUAAAAAAAAGUCUAUAAAUGGCAUUUGAUAUGAGUUCAGUGUUUUAGUUGGCUACACUGCGUUUCUACUUAUUAUUGAUCAGGGAAUGUCCCUGUCUCCUUUAAUGGGGAACUAUCGUGUUUUGGGCAGUAAGACUGCCUUUUUAAAAAAAAAACAAAAAGACAUGUAACUUGUCCACUUCCCAACCCAGAGGUGUCCGCACGAAUGCCUCUGCUAUGUUGUUGUGCAGCACUUUAUAGAAGCUCUGUUGUGGGUAAAGAGUGUCCAUGUAUCAAUAGAAUACACAGUUUAUCUUCUUGUUUUAGCAAGUCGUCCAGGAACCACGUACCUCAUACGUUUAUUUAUUUCUUCCUAACCGGCUCAGUGAGUUUUGUAUGUACAGAAUUGUUUAAUGUCACCAGGAGAAAGCUUUGAAGAUCACAUUGGUGCUAAACUCUUUUUGGGUCACACCCCUACAAAACUGUAAAAAAAAAAAAAAAUAAUAAUAA